AUGUCUAGCUCGAGGCCAACUCCUGAUGGACUCCACCCUAUAGUGGAGCUGAACUUCAAAGGUGUUUUUCUUAGAAAUCCUUUCUCGUAUAACCAUGGUAUCAACUUCACUUUCAAUGAUCACGAUUUUUUUGGAAUGACAUACGGUGAAUGUAUCACCUUUCUCGAACGGUCCAUGCAAGAAAGUAUAAAGAAGUUAUACUAUUGUGAACUAGGUAAGCCCUUAAUAUCUGGGAUAACUGUUAUCGCUAAUGAUGAAGACUAUGGUGGUUUCAUUUUUCAGGCAUAUGGGACAGAUGGUAAAAUUUGUAUGUAUGUGGACCAUGAUGGUCAAGGAAUAGAAGAUUGGUUUGGUUCUGAAAUAGAAGAGGAGGAUGGAGAUGAUUCAUGCAUUGAUGGUGAUGCUUAUGAGGUGGAUCUUGAAGAAAUAACUUGCUCAUGCAGGCUUUGGCAACUUAAUGGAAUCGGUUGUGUCCAUUCUGUUGCAGCUAUUAGUUUUAUGAAUAGGGAUGUGGAGUCAUAUGUGGACAAAUUGUUUAGUAGCAUCACUUACAUAAAGUCAUACAAGUUUAGGUUAGCACCUAUGAAUAGAAGUAAUUUGUGGCCUGCAACUGAUUACACCCCACAUUUACCUCCUGUUCGUAGAACUAUGCCUGGGAGACCUGCAACUAAAAGGAAAAAGGAUGCAACAGAAAACUCAAACCAGUCAAGUAAAAAAUCAAAGAAAACUACCCAAACACAAAACAAAGGUAAGGAGCAGGUGAAGGUAUCCAAGGCUGGAAAAAAACAAAAAUGUAGCCUUUGUAAGAUUGAAGGACACAACAAAAGAGCUUGUACUUUGACAAGGCCUCCUAAAAUCAAAGCUAGAAGAAAAACAAAACAGGGUGUAGUUGAAGCACUCAAUGAGGAUGAUGAAGGUAAUCAAGCUAAUGCAAUGAAUGAAGGUGAUGAAGUGCAUGAGGGUGAUCAAGCAGUAAAUGAUGAUGGAGGAGCAGUAAAUGAUGGUGGAGAAGCAGUCAAUGAGGUUCAUGUGCAAGAACAGGAGGCUAGAGAAACACUAGUUGCAACCCUGUUGAAGAAAAUCAGGAAAAAGAAAUCUGAAAGGAUUAUCAAGUUGAAGCUGGGCAAGAAAGUUGGUGGUGCAGAUGCACCUAGGAAUUCAGAAGCUAAACCUGUUACUCUAGAAUAA